AUGCCUCCCGCCAAAAAGACGGCCGCCCCCAAACGCCCCGUCCUAACGUUGGCUCAACUCUCCGCAUACGACGAUAUUCUAACCGAUGCUCUCGUCGAUCAUGUCUUCUACUGGACCACCAUCCCAAAGAACCGCCCCUCGUACCACCCGACCCGCGGCGUCGUGGAAGACUCAAUCGCCAAAAUCCUCCAAGAUGAGGCCGUCAUAAACAAGAACCCUGCCGCCGCAGAGGUCAAGCUCCUCGAGACCGACGGCCUGCGCAGAUUCUCGGCCGCUCUCAAAACCGACAAGGAAAGAGACGACUUUCGCCGCCACCUCCGACGCUACAUUAACAUAUAUCUUCCGGACUGUCCCUGGGAAGUCAAUUCCACAAAUCGCUACACCGUCAUCAACCACGAAGCCAGCAUCACCGCUCGACGACCCAUCCGCCGCAACGAGAGCAUCAAGUACCUUUCCGGCAUGAAGGUGACCAUCACACCCGAAGAGGAAGACUUGAUCUCGAACCGCAAGAAGGACUUUAGCAUCGUCGUCAGCUCCCGAAGCAAAUCCACCAGCCUUUUCAUGGGACCUGCCAGAUUUGCAAACCACGACUGCGAUGCCAACGCCACACUCAUGACGACGAGCCACGCCAGUAUCGAAAUUGUCGCCAUGCGCAACAUUGCCGUCGGCGAGGAAAUCACAGUCACCUAUGGCGACAAUUAUUUCGGCCAAGAUAAUUGUGAAUGUCUUUGCAAAACGUGCGAGGAUGAAGGCAGAAACGGCUGGGAUGACGGUACGAGCAAGCCAACCCAGGAUGAGGGCGAGGCAGCACUCAAGGCGGACACGUAUGCGCUGCGUAGACGCCGACGCGAUGACAGCAUCAGUGGUUCCUCUCGAACGCCCUCGGUCACGCCUGCUAUGCGACCAAGAGUUCGCAAGACGCGGACCGCCUCGAAACUGCAGCAAGAUGGCGGAGCAGAUUCAGCGGCUUCACCUGCCGCCUGCACCUCAUCCGCGGUCGAAUCGACGCCGCGGUUGGGCAAGCGCACUUUUGACGCGAUGGCUACACCGCCAGUAACACCGGCCAAGAAGCUCAAGCAGACAGUCGAGCUGGUCGACGCUGCGCGCGAGGCUUCCCGUGGCAGCUCAGUUAGCGACAGCAUCACAAGUCAAGACGAGCCACUCGAGACGGAUGUUUCGUCGCCCGAACCGUCGGAGAAGCCCAGGGAAGCGGCUAACCGUGUAUCGGCUAACUCGUCGGAAGAAAGCGAAGCUUUGGAGUCGGAUUCUUCGUCGCUUGAGCCCUCGGAGGAGCCCAGGGCAGUGGUCAUGCCUCCAUCGCCCAACUCGUCACAAGACACUGAGUCACCACAGAAAUCGGAUGCUACCUGUAUCGUCAUGAGCGACGAUGAGGCUGCGGACAGCAUAACAGUCAGCAUCGAGCCGGUGGAUGAGGUGCAAAAGGCAAAUGCGCCGGUGGUGACCAAACGCAAGUACCAGCGCAGGGUGUUCCGGGAGAAGACGCCGCCUGCGAGAGUGAGAGUGCCUGGCGACUAUGUCCUGACGCCACUUUUACUUUCAGAGCCUGCGAUGGCUUGGGUUCAGUGCAGCAUCUGCAACACAGCAUUCGUACAGCCCAAUGCGUACUAUACACGUGCAUCGUGCCCUCGAUGCGAGAGACAUUCGAAGGUGUAUGGGUACAUGUGGCCAAAGACGGACAAGGAGGGUCCGGGCGACAAGGAAGAGCGGGUGCUGGACCACCGGACGGUGCACCGGUUCCUGGAUCACAAGGACGAGAGAGUGGCUCGGGGGCGGAAGGCCUUUGAGCAGAAAUCGACGGCGCGAGAUGAGGGCAUUCGGCGAACUGCGCGGCCUCGGAAGAAGAGCAGGAAGCUGACGGAAUCCCUUGCAUAG